AUAAAAUAAGCACUGUAUUGCAUUACAGAUUAUUGCUGAGUCAUAUCGUUCAUCACACUGCUCAACCGAAAACAACCUUCCCGACUUAUCAUUGAUUUUUCUCUCUCACACAGUCACGCACUGGAGUUCUCCCGGGCUCUUAAUCUGGAAAGUGUAAUUGAUUUUUGAUUUCUUCGGAACACUCCGCAGCUUCAUCAGUUCGACCGCUACUCGAAUGCCAUUUUAAUCAUUCCUGGGGCUAGAGUUACAGUCAAAUGGGGGUAUAUCUAAGUCAUCCAAAAACUGAGAAGUCAUCAGAGGAUGGUGAGAAUGACAGAGUUAGAUAUGGCGUGUCGUCUAUGCAAGGAUGGCGCUCUACCAUGGAAGAUGCUCAUGCAGCUUAUCCCAACUUGGACAAUGCCACUUCUUUCUUUGGAGUUUAUGACGGCCAUGGAGGUAAAGCAGUUGCUAAAUUUUGUGCCAAGUAUCUGCAUGAACAAGUGCUCAAGAGUGAAGCUUAUGCUGCUGGAGAUUUAGGGGCUUCAUUGCAGAGAUCUUUUCUAAGAAUGGACGAGAUGAUGUGUGGGCAAAGGGGUUCCAGAGAGUUAGCAGCACUGGGGGAUAAAAUGCAAAGAGUCUCAAGUAUGAUUGAAGGUUUGAUUUGGUCCCCAAGGAGUGCUGAAGCUAAUGGACCUGUGGAUGACUGGUCUUCUGAGCAGGACUCGGACUAUACUGGACCAACUUCUGGUUGCACAGCUUGUGUUGCAGUAAUUCGAGACAAUCAACUCGUUGUGGCAAAUGCCGGUGAUUCUCGUUGCGUUAUGUCCCGGGGUGGUCAGGCAUAUCCUAUGUCAAAAGAUCACAAGCCUGAUCAUGAACAUGAAAAAGAAAGGAUUUUAAGUGCUGGUGGUUAUGUCCAAUUUGGACGUGUUAAUGGGAGCCUAAAUCUGGCAAGAGCUAUAGGUAAUUCAUGUUUCUCAAAUUUACUGGGUUUGUAUUUUCGAUGCUCCUAUCAUCUUUAUUCUUUCGUUUACUGUUUUGGUGAUUUCAGGUGACAUGGAGUUAAAACAAAAUAAAGAGCUACCCGCUGAAAGGCAAAUUGUAACAGCUCAUCCGGAUAUUACUGCUGUAUGUAUUCGCACUUACUUUCUACUUUGACUAUCAUUGUGUGUGCUUUGCCUACUAUUAGUGUGUCUACGGUGGGCUUUUCAAAAGGCAUCUUGAUCAAUUUUCAGUUCGUGUGUAGAACACCUAAUUUUCUGUAUGCAUGCUUUAAGCCUUCAUCAGAUGUUUGGUAUAAGUGAUAUGUCUAUCUUACUCUGAUCUAGGUUGAACUCCUUGAUGAGGAUGAGUUCCUUGUUCUAGCUUGUGAUGGGAUAUGGUAAGCUUUUGCUCCUUGUUAUCAUAGAAUUUUGUUCUAGUCUUCAUCCUUUCUACUCGCGGAGUUGUGCAUUUUCAAUGAUUAAAUCAUAAGAAAAGCUGUGACUGUCUGUGAGUUUGUAGCCAAUAUGUGUUAUUCUCCUGGGAUCUGUGGUGCUGGGAUCCGUGGUGUGGUUAGAAGUUAUAAUUGGAGGCUGGCUUAUGCGUCCAAGUUGGAUUGGCCCAUCGUUAGAUUUUACUUGGUCUCAUAAGUCUCGUUGUUAGAUUAGUGUGAAAGCACAAAUGGCAACAUUAGACCUGAUAAUGGAACAUUUUGAUAGAGAUGUCAAGGCUCAAGCCUUUAAGCUAACUUGCAUAUGAGUAUCAGCACCAUACUUUUCAUGUACUCUUCGACAUUAUAUAUAUUACAGCUUUUCGUAGAACAUUUUUUAAACAAAGGUGGUAUCGUCUGUGGCACUGUAUUCUCUGCUAGAAAAGUUGACCAUUUCAUUAGAACAACUAGAUCCGCACCGCUGUUGCUGGUAGGGGUUUGGAUGAGGGCAUCUUAUCCAUGUCAACUAGGCACUGGACUGUUUGAAUGAUUGGUUUGUCGGUGGUGUCAUAUUUUAAUUGCACAAUCCAUUUUCCUCUUCAUAUUUUGUGUUAGGGAUUGUAUGUCAAGCCAACAAGUGGUGGACUUUGUUCGUGAACAGCUUAAAACUGUAAGUCCUUUGUUAAGCCUUUUAAAUCUGAUGAUAGAGAGUUUUUUUUUUUUUUUUUUUGGUAUUGUUGAAAUCUGGUAUCUGUUUCCGUAAAAUCUAGGAGACCAAGCUUUCUGCAGUAUGUGAGAAGGUGUUCGACAAGUGUUUGGCUCCAACAGCCGGUGGAGAAGGUUGUGACAACAUGACUAUGAUCCUAGUGCAGUUCAAGAAAACUUCCAGCCAAGUUUCAUUGUCGGAGGAGGGCACCCGUCCUGCUAAUGAUGAAGCCAAACCCGAUAAACAUGAAGUCAGCACUGUGUCAAAUGAAGAAACAGGCAAAUAAAAGAACAUUAAAGUAAAUGUUGAUCUAACAUUUGAGGUAUCAGAUCGUGUGAAAUCGAUAGUUCAUCUUUACACCUCUUUGUAAAUGAGACUUGCGACGGUUGCUUCCUACAUCAUAUGAUAUGAGAACAAGAUACCAUUUUUAAGUGUUUUUCUCUACCCCGAAAUUAUUAACAGGGAUAUUUUAGCUAAUGCAGGAGCUUUCGAACUGUCAAAAUAUUGUCACAUCUUGAGAAUUGAGUGAGAUAUUUCAAAACUGAAGUAAAUUUAAAUACUUCGUUUUAGUCGUUUUCAUAUUCCAUUAUGAAGGUGCGAUACUGUUCAUUCUGAUCUAAAUAACUACUUGUGGAAGAAAGGACCAUUGAUAGAAUCUGAUAUUUCUUCUACUAGCAAUUUGCAUUUUGUCGCGUA